UCCGCCCCCGGCAGAGACCCUCCCAAGGAGCUAUUCUGGAGCUCCGCCCCCGAGCCGAGCCCCGCCCCUUGCCGACGCCCUCCGAGCCGUGGGGGGGCGCUGUGGGCUCGGCGGGCUCCCGGCGGCCCCGUGCGCCUCCCGCCAUCCUUUGCUCUCUUUCCGCGGCUGUCGCCGACAUGGGACGCGUCCGGACGAAGACGGUGAAGAAGGCGGCGCGGGUGAUCAUUGAGAAGUACUACACCCGCCUAGGGAACGACUUCCACACCAACAAGCGGGUGUGCGAGGAGAUCGCCAUCAUCCCCAGCAAGAAGCUGCGCAACAAGAUCGCGGGGUAUGUCACCCACCUGAUGAAGCGUAUUCAGAGGGGACCCGUCCGAGGCAUCUCUAUCAAACUGCAGGAGGAGGAGAGGGAGAGGAGGGACAACUAUGUCCCUGAGGUCUCUGCCCUCGACCAGGAGAUCAUCGAAGUGGACCCAGACACGAAGGAAAUGCUGAAGCUCCUGGAUUUCGGCAGCCUGUCCAACCUGCAGGUGACGCAGCCCACAGUGGGGAUGAACUUCAAAACACCCCGAGGAGCGCUCUGAGUUAGUCACUGCUGUCCUGCGGUACGCAGCCAGGAGCGGACAACAGCGGUGGCUCCUUGGAGCUUGCUGGAGCUCCUCGCCCUCGGCACCUCCCGGCUCUGCCUGUGCCUCCAAGUGUACAGCUUGGGUCAUGCUGUGCCAGAAUAAAAGCUGCAUUUUAUAACUG